GCGCCGAGUGACGUGUCCCCCCCCGAUCCCCGAGCUUAGCAUGAUUCAUCAACAGCUGCCGCUCAGAUGCUGCGCGCAACCCCGAUGUAGCGCUUGAGCGCCGAUCCUCUCGCCGCACCCCCCCACCCCCGGCCCGGAGACUUUCCCUUUUCCUUUGGGCGCCGCAAGAAAAGGCAGGCAAGAUGGAAGAAAUCCUAAAGAAGCUGCAGAAGGAAGCGUCGGGGAGCAAAUACAAGGCGAUCAAGGAGAGUUGCACCUGGGCCAGCGAAACAUUAGAAUCUCUGGAUGAUACUACCAAGAUCCCUCCUUAUCAGUUAAGGGAGAAGUGUCUCCAUCCACUGCAACUGGCUUUGGAGAGCAAGAAUAUGAAACUGGCACAGCAAGCUCUAGCAGGAAUGCAGAAGCUACUGUCUGAUGAGCGAUUUGUAUCCAUGGAAACUGACUCUGAUGACAAGCAGUUGCUUAAUCAAAUGCUGAACGCAAUCAGAGUGACUCCAUCUCUCAAUGAGGACCUGCAGGUAGAAGUGAUGAAGGUAUUGCUCUGCAUAACAUACACCCCAACGUUUGAGUUGAAUGGAAGUUCUGUACUUAAGAUUGCUGAAGUUUGUAUUGAAACUUAUAUUUCCAGUUAUCACCAGCGGAGUAUUAAUACAGCUGUACGGGCAACCCUCAGCCAGAUGUUGAGUGAUUUGAUUUUACAAUUACGGCAAAAACAAGAAAAUACAAUGACCGAAAACCAAGGAGUUCUUCAAGGUUUCAGGAAUUCAGAUUCCACCACUGAAUCAUUCUGUGAUGAUGUUGUCUCUGUCUUCACGGUCUUUUGUGAAAAACUUCAGACAGCAAUCAGUGAGAAUCAGCAGUUGCAGCUUCUCUACCUCGAAUGCAUUCUUUCCAUGCUGAAUAGCUUCUCUUCUGGUAUGCACCACCAUAAAGGAUUCACUGACCUCAUCUGGAAGCAGCUGUGUCCAGCCCUGAUAGUAAUCUUGGGCAAUCCGCUUCAUGACAAAACGAUCACAUCUGCUCACAGUAACACCAGUCAUGAAGCCGAUUCUCCUUCUUCCGGAGUCUCUGACCACGGCCGAGGAUCAGGCUGCUCUACAACUGCCCCUGCCCUUAGUAGUCCUGUUGCACGGACUAUCUACUACAUUGCAGCGGAGCUUGUUCGGUUGGUGGGCUCAGUGGAGUCCAUGAAGCCAGUUCUGCAAUCUCUCUACCAUCGGAUGCUUCUGUAUCCUCCACCCCAGCACCGAGUAGAAGCUAUCAAGAUCAUGAAAGAGAUACUUGGAAGUCCUCGGCGGCUUUGUGAUUUAGCAGGUCCCUGCUCCACAGAACCAGAAUCAAGAAAGAGAUCCAUUUCAAAAAGAAAAUCCCAUCUGGACCUUCUUAAACUAAUCUUGGAUGGGAUGACUGAAGCCUGCAUAAAAGGUGGCAUUGAAGCCUGCUACGCCUCAGUGUCCUGUGCCUGUGCCCUGCUUGGAACUCUGGAUGAGUUAAGUCAAGGAAAGGGCCUUGAUCAGGAGCAAGUGCAUCUGCUUCUCCGACGGCUGGACGAGUUAAAAGAAGGGCCAGAGACCAGUAGAGAUUCCAUGGAGAUCAAUGAUGCUGAUUUUAGGUGGCAAAGACGUAUCCUGUCAUCAGAACAUACCCCCUGGGAGCCAGGCCAUGAAAAGAGUCCUGACAUUAGCAUUAGUGUUACCACAGAUACUGGUCAGACAACCCUAGAAGGAGAUAUGGGACAGACGACACCAGAUUCUGACAUUCGUAAAAAUUCUUUGCAAUCCCCAGCUGGACAAGCAGGCAAAGAAAUUCAUUAUAAAGAGCCAGAAUCGGAAACAAUUGACCAACCGGAUGUAGUUCAACGGAGCCAUAAUGUUGUCUAUCCAGAUAUAACUAAUUUCCUUUCUGUUGAUUGCAAGGCCCGUUCGUGUGGAUCUAGAUACAGCGAGAGUAAUUUCAGUGUUGAAGACCAGGAUCUUUCCAGAACUGAAUUUGAUUCAUGUGAUCAAUAUUCCAUGGCAGCAGAAAAAGACUCUGGAAGGUCAGAUGUGUCUGAUAUAGGUUCGGAUAACUGUUCUUUAGCUGAUGAAGAACAGACGCCACGAGAUUGUCCUGGUCACAAGUCUUUACGAACUGCUGCCCUUUCGUUGAAGCUACUUAAGAACCAGGAAGCAGAUCAGCAGAGUGCCAGAUUGUUUAUUCAGUCUCUUGAAGCUCUCCUUCCUCAUCUUAUAGCUUUUGCUACAGUAGAAGAGGUGGAUUCGGCUCUCCAGAACUUUUCUUCAACUUUUUGUACAGACAUGAUGCUUUCUCCAGGAAUUGAAGGGAGUGUCAGCUUUAACUUCCAGAACCUGAUGAACGCAGAUAGCCUCUAUGCAGUCUCUCACUACAUACUCCUGCUCAACCUGAAGCUGUCAAACACAGAAUACUAUCGGAAGAAACCUGCCCAGUCCCCUGUAUUAUUGAAGGAAUUCAUGAAACAGGUCCAAUCCAGUGGACUAUUGAUGGUAUUUUCUCAGGCCUGGGUCGAAGAACUUUACCAUCAAGUAUUGGAGAAAAAUCUUCUGGGGGAAGCUGGUUAUUGGGGAAAUCCUGAAGAGCAUAGCCUUCCACUCAUCACUAUGCUGACAGACAUUGAUGGCUUGGGAAGCAGUGCAAUAGGUGGGCAGCUGAUGGCUUCGGCUUCCAAACAAUCUCCUCUAUCCCAGACCUGGAAACCAGAUGAUACAUUGAUGGCAGGAGUUGCUUUCGCCCGAUAUCUUCUAAUUGGUUGCUGGAAGAAUUUGAUUGAUACCUUAUCAACACCUCUGACUGGCCGCAUGGCAGGGAGCUCCAAAGGAUUAGCAUUCAUUCUUGGGGCUGAAGGCAUCAAGGAGCAGAACCAAAAGGAGAAGGAUGCCAUCUGCAUGAGUUUAGAUGGGCUAAGGAAGGCAGCUCGGCUCAGUUGUGCUUUAGGAGUUGCUGCUAAUUGUGCAUCAGCCCUUGCUCAGAUGGCAGCUGCCUCAUGUGUUCAAGAGGAGAAAGAGGAAAGAGAUGCCCAAGAGCCCAUUGAUACCAUUGCUCAAGUAAAACAGAAAGUGGAGCAGAAACUGGAGCAGAUGGGGAAGGCGCAAGGUGUCUGCCUCCACACCGCUCAUGUUUUAUGCAUGGAUGCUGUUCUCGCUGUGGGAUUGGAGAUGGGAAGCCACAAUCCAGACUGUUGGCCUCACGUGUUUAGAGUAUGCGAAUACAUCAGCACUCUGGAACACGUCCAUUUCAGUGAUGGCACUUCUCAGCCACCUGUAACUAUCACCCAAGCCCAACAGGGGGCAGUGGCACUUCUGGGUGAAGUUCAGGCUGCAGACUUUCCCCAGGAAUUGAUUCUGGACCAAGAGGCAGCCCUGAGGAACAACCCUGUCAUCCAACCAGUAUCCAUUCAGGAUCUCAUCAAAGAAAGCAGUAAGGGAAGAGCUUUUGAUUUUCGGGGAGGCAGCCUGAUGACCGGGAGCAGUGCUGCCAAAGCUAUCCUCACCCUCUCUAAUCAAGCUGACAGGCUUUUUGAAGAUGCUGUGGAUAAAUUGAAUCUGAUGGCUUUGGGAGGUUUCCUGUACCAGCUAAAAAAGGCCUCCCAGUCCCAACUCUUCCAGUCAGUUACAGACACAGUCGAUUACUCUUUGGCCAUGCCAGGAGAAAUAAAAUCUACCCAAGAAAGAAGAAGUGCCCUUCACUUGUUCCGUCUAGGAGGAGCUAUGCUCCGAAUUGUGAGGAGUAGAAAACGGCCUUUGCUCCAUUUUAUGCGCUGUUGGCACCUAGUGGCUCCUCACUUAGUGGAAGCCGCCUGCCAUAAAGAAACGCAUGUUUCUCGGAAAGCUGUUUCUUUUAUCCAUGACAUCCUAACAGAGGUUCUGACAGUCUGGAACGAGCCACCUCAUUUUCACUUCAACGAGGCACUUUUCCGUCCCUUUGAGCGCAUCAUGCAGCUUGAACUUUGUGAUGAGGACAUUCAGGACCAGGUGGUCACAUCUAUAGGAGAACUGGUGGAGGUGUGCUCAACUCGAAUUCAAUCAGGCUGGAGACCAUUGUUCAGUGCUUUAGAAACUGUGCGCAGCAGCAGCAGCAAGUCAGAAGUUAAAGAGUAUCUUGUUGGGGAGUAUUUGAUGGGAAAAUGCCAGGCUCCAGUGUUUGAUGUCUUCGAAGCGUUUCUAAAUACCGACAACAUCCAAGUCUUUGCAAAUGCAGCCACCAGUUACAUCAUAUGUCUUAUGAAGUUUGUCAAAGGAUUGGGGGAAGCAGACUGCAAGGAUAUUGGUGACUGUACAUCAGGAUACCCAUCUACAGAUUUGUGCCUUCCUGCACUUGAUUAUCUCAGGAAGUGUUCUCAGCUACUUGCCAAAAUCUACAAAAUGCCCCUGAAGCCUAUUUUUCUCAUUGGGAAAUUUGCUAACUUACCCCAAAGGAUCCAGGAACGAUCCGCGAGCAGCGAGGAGGGCAUUGAAUGUGUCCUUUCUGAGUUUGACGAUGGCACAGGCCUUAUUAAUGUCUGGAUCCUUCUGCUAGAAGAGCUAACCACUGCCAUAUCUAAUUGUCCUCGGCAACACCAGCCUCCUACUCUGGAUCUGCUCUUCGAACUACUAAGAGAUGUUACCAAAACACCAGGCCCAGGAUUUGGUAUUUAUGCAGUUGUACACCUCCUUCUCCCUACAAUGUCUCUUUGGCUUCAUCGCAGCCACGGCGAUCAUUCUUACUGGGAUGGGGCAUCCGCUAAUUUCAAACAUGCCAUUGGCCUUUCCUGCGAAUUAGUGGUGGAGCACAUUCAAAGUUUCAUACAUUCAGAUGUUGGCUAUGAAAAUAUGAUCAACAUGAUGCUCAAAGAUCUUUUCAAGUUACUUGUAGCUUGUGUAGCAGAAACCACAGAAACCAUCUCAAGAGUCGGGUGCUCUUGUAUCAGAUAUGUACUAGUGACAGCUGGUCCUGUUUUUACUGAAGAAAUGUGGCGUCUGGCAUGUUGUGCCUUAGAGGAUGCUUUUUCAACUACUCUUGAACCAGUGAAGAAUCUGUUGGGCUAUUUCCACAGUGGCUCUGAAAAUCUCAGCGGUGAUGCCUGUGAGAUGAAAAUGGCAGCUCCUUCCCUCUCCCCAAGUGCCGAAGCUGAAUACUGGAGAAUAAGGGCGAUGGCCCAACAAGUGUUCAUGUUGGACACCCAGUGCUCCCCAAAGACACCAAAUAACAAGGAAGGAUUUGAGCAUGCUCAGUCUUGUCUGCUUAUUAUUGAGCUGCCUCCUGAUAAGAAGUCCAAUGGCCACUCACAGAAAAGUAUCCCUUUCAGAACAAUUGUAGUGAGCCUGCUUUCCCACCAAGUGCUGCUGCAGAAUUUAUACGAUAUUUUGUUGGAAGAAUUUGUGAAAGGGCCCUCACACACUGAAGAGAAGGUAAUACACCAAUUGCCAGAAACCAAACUCUCUGGUUUCCUCAGGUACAUUUCUAUGCAGAACUUGGCUGUCAUCUUUGAUUUACUAUUGGACUCCUACCGAACAGCCAGAGAGUUUGAUACAAGGACUGGGCUGAAGUGCUUGCUCAAAAAGGUAUCUGGCAUUGGUGGGGCCGCCAAUUUGUACCGCCAGUCGGCUAUGAGCUUCAAUAUCUACUUCCAUGCCUUGAUCUGUGCUAUUGUGACCAAUCAGGAAAAUAUCACUGCGGAACAAGUGAAGAAAAUCCUUUUUGAAGAUGAUGAAAGGAGCACGGAUUCAUCCCAACAAUGCUCUUCAGAAGACGAAGACAUUUUUGAAGAGACUGCUCAAGUCAGCCCACCAAGGGGGAAAGAGAAGAGGCAGUGGAGGGCCAGGUUGCCAUCUCUGAGUGUUCAGCCCGUGAGCAAUGCCGACUGGGCUUGGCUAAUCAAAAGGCUUCACAAACUCUGCAUGGAGUUAUGUAAUAACUACAUUCAGAUGCAUUUGGAUUUGGAAAAUAGUGCUGAUGAGCUCCCUGUCUUCAGGGGAGAUCCUGUCUUAAUCCUUCCAGCCUUUCAAUCAGAAAUACCCAUACCAUCUACUGGAUCCCUUUCUGGAAAAAAUACCCCUUCAGAAGAUGAUAGAAGCCAGAUUAGGGACUCCCUCACCGAAAACCUCACUCCUAAGGGAAGUACAGAUGUGGUGCUUCUUCCACCUUUGAGCCCCAAAAUGGAGAAGAAAGACCAAGGCAGAAAAAAAGAAUGGUGGGAGAGUGCUAGCAACAAAAUUUACAGCAUAGCAACAGAUAAAACAAUAUCAAAACUAAUGACGGAAUAUAAAAAAAGAAAACAACAGCAGCAUAAUUUGGCUAAUUUCUCCAAAGAGAUGAAAGCUGACAAGAAAGGGGAUCCGCUCGGAACAAGAGGGCCAGAUUCACCUCUCCCCCAACGGCCACAAAAUCUGAUCGAUCAAGGCCAGAUGAGGCAUUCCUUUAGUGCAGGGCCAGAGAUUCUGAGGCAAGAAAAGAGGCCACGCUCCGGGUCAACUGCCAGCUCAUUCAGUAUAUCGGUCCGGGAUGGAGAGGCACAAAUACAGGCAUGGACCAACAUGGUCCUGACAGUUCUUAAUCAGAUUCAAUCCCUACCAGACCAGAUCUUCAUCGCUCUACAACCAGCGGUAUUUCCCUGCAUCAGUCAAUUGACUUGCCAUGUGACAGAUAUCCGGGUUCGUCAGGCUCUGAGAGAAUGGCUAGGAAGAGUGGGCAGGGUUUAUGACAUCAUUGUGUAGAAGACUUUAGUUGCCUUAUCAAAGAGAGACUGAAUCUAAGAUACUUCAAGGAACAGAAAUAAAGUGCAUUUGUUGAAAACUUGCCUGUUAAAAAAAUGGUAGAAAGAUGUACAUCUGCCCAUUUGCUAGUCCGUAAUAACUAGCAAGCUCUAUCCCAUGCUGUUAAAUCUUAAGAGCACAGUGUAGUCAUACUCAUAACACCAGAGAAUGUAAUAUAGCAGAGUAUGACAGAAAGAGCCUUUGUAUUAAAUUUGAAGUAGGUAUUCAGACAGACUGACAGGCUCGGUUUGUUUGAUACUGCAUAUUUUUUAAAGAGGAAAAAAAAAGUCUCUUUCACAAGAAGGUAGCAAAGAAGAUUGUGGAGCAAGGAAAAUAAUGAGGAAUGAACACAGUCAUGUAAUAGGCUUUGUCAGAAUUGACCGUUGAGAAUGUAAUGAUUGCUGAAAUGUCUGUACAGAUUUCUCUUACGUCUUUAAUGAGGCAUCGGAUCCUUAAGCCAUCUAAAUUUAAAACAAUAUUUGUACCAAUGAACAGAGGAGCCCAUUUAUUCUAACCUUUAUAAAACAUCUUGGCCAUGAAAACUAGGCCUCCAGACUUAGGAAGUGACUAUAUUUCAGUGUGAUUAUAACAGGUUUUCAGACAGAAGUACUUACCAUCUUGGAAGUACUGCACAGGCGCCAUGAAUUAUUUCAUAUUGCUAUAAGGUGUCUGUCUAAAAAUUGGUAGAAUUGUCCAAUGCUCAUUUAAUAAAUAAGUUUAAGUCAUUUUUCUCGUUUUGGUGCAAAUCCAAGACCAAAAAUGUAUUUUCUCUGUUGUGUAAAUUGCAAAUGCUACUUAGGUUUUCUGGUUCUAUAUUUUUGCUCAUCCCUUCACUGGGUGUUAACAAAUGCUGUGAAGUGUGUCCCAGGUUUUCUGUUUUCAGGCUUUCCAUUUGUAUUGCCUGGCUUCUCUGUCAGGACAAAAGAAUCUGAAAAUUAGGCACGUGACUAGAAUAUGUAGAGUUAUCAAAUUUUUGCCCUUACAACAGAUCUGUAAACUAGAUCACUCUCAGAGAUAUUUAGUGACCUUUGUCGUUUUAUGGCCAAGCAGAAUUAUCGUUCACUCAUCAUUCUUUUCUUAAACCAAGCUGGGUGACAUCCAUAGCUGAAAAUAAAGAAAUGUAAGAAACGUUAUCUUAAUUAUGGGACAGAUUGAGUCACCACAUCUAUUUAUUUACUACAUUUAUACAAAGUGUAUAAAUGCUUUCUCUAUGUUUUCUUACAGAGAGUAAAGCAUAACUUUAAAUAUUAGUGUAUAAUUUAAUAGGCUAGUUACAAUUGAGAAAAGUAGACACAAGGAAGGGAAAAUACACAAGUUUAUAUAAUGUGGCCAUUACAUAAAGGGCAGUUCUUGUAGAAGAAAAAAGGAGAAAAAAUCAGUAUCUAAUUUAUGGGAAGCUGAGGUGGUGGAGGUAGCUGGCUGGUAUGGCUGUGAAUGGAAGGGAUGAGCAGCCAGUUAGGUGUUAAUUCUAGUAAAGGAACUUGGGAAAGGCAGCUGUCUCCUCACCUUGCCUUCAUAAUAGCAUUUGCACCCUGACAACUUCUCACACUGAAAUUGGCCACAAUUGUCUUAACUCUGGAAAUAUAGAAGGCUCAGAGAACAUGACAGUGUUUUCCAUCCCUCUAUUUGACCAAUAGCAGAAUGACUAGAACUCCACCCACCUACCCAAUUUCUCUGUAAUUAUCAUACAGAAAUAUAAACUCCAAAUCCCCCUGAGAAGUUGCUCUGAUGGGAAGCUAUAUGAGGUGAGGUUGAUUGGAAAAAUGCAAACAAAGCACUAAUAUCCUCUGGUGGUUUCUCAGCCAAUUCAACAUCAACCCUUUCAUACACUCAGACACGAGUAUGGGUUGUACACGUGAAAUCACUUCUUAUUGCUGACAAUUUUUCCAUCAGCUAUUUUUCCUUACAGUUGUGACCAGGGCUUAAUGAUCCUGGUUAGUAUGCAAGAGUGAAGGAAGAUAAAUACUAAAUAUUGGAAACUUAUGGAUCAAGAUACAAUGGGUGGCAGAGGAGUUCAGGGACAGAUGUCAGGGGAGGCAUGAGAUUUUUUAUCAAUGGGAAAACCAACAACCCACAAGAUCUGCAGAGAUAGUGAUUAAGCUUCUUUGGAUCAGUCUGGUGUGGAGCUGAUGCCAGAGGAAUUCAGGACACUGGUGUGAAAGUGCCUACAGGCAGCUGGUGAAGAAUGAAUCCCAGCUACACCAAUAAAGGGGAGCUCACUUUUGAACUACUGCUAAAACUGAACAACUGGCGGUCACGUUUCACUGCUCCAAAAACGAUAUGUGGUAUGUGAGCCCACACACUUUCUCUUGUCUUAUAUGAAUGUGAUCAAACUCUGCAUCUGCCUUCUCUCUCUUUGUUAAGUCAUUGUUGGAAUAUGCCCAAAUGAGAGCAGUAGCUCUUGCAUCAGCAAGUGUUAGAGGCACCAGAAAAGUAUUCUGUGUGCCACGUUGGGAAACAGUUGGGAUCAAUCUUAUGAGCAGUGCAGCAUUGCCUGUUGUGCUAGCCUUCAUUUUCAACCACAGGCAUCGAACUGAUUGCGUGGAAGAGCCUUAAUCGGCCUGCCCUAGGAUGCCUUGCAGCUUGCUUGAACAGCAAAUAGCCCUGUUUCCUUUGCUUCCCCGCUUUCUCGUUCAGUUAACAGAAGACUUUGAAUGUACAAGUUGUGUCAGCUGCUGCUGAACUCUAGUGAUUGUCUAUUAUGAAUUAUGGAAUUCUUUGUCAGUGCUAUGCCCUGAGAUGAUUGUUUGAUUCUUCUAUUUGUUUGUUCUUUAAGGUUUAAAUAAUGCUGUGUUUCUAUGGUUCUUCGUGAAGAGGGAAUUGUUUUUGGGGAACAUUUUCACAUGGUGUACACCUACAUUGUUUGUUAGUGAGAUCUUAUACAUGUACUCUAGUUUGUCACUUUGAAGCAUCUGUUGACUACAUGGUAAUUUGAGCAGAGAGACAGAAUCACCCUACUCAAGAUUUUUUUCAUCUGUUCUCCUGAAUGCUGAAAAAAAAUGUUUGGAUUUCAAGUGUUGCUUUUCAGUUCUGUGCUGUUGGGUAUAGAUUACUUGUACAUGCUGCGCGUGGAAUGACAAAGUGCUAACGUUUUGUAUGUAAAAAGUGGAAUAACAAAGUGUAACAAACUUGUAGGGCCGCUAUUACAAAAGCAGGCAACAA